AUGGCAAGCACACCGAACCCGCCCAAGCCCAUCGUCGUGUGGAUCACCCCUCCGGGACCAAACUCCUGGAAGGUGAUCGUGGUCCUGGAAGAGCUCUCGCUCAACUACAGGAUCCACUCCUUCCGCUUCGACGACGUCAAGAAGCCGCCCUUCAUCGACAUCAACCCGAACGGGCGCGUGCCGGCCAUCGAGGACCCCAACACGGGCAUCACGCUGUGGGAGUCGGGCGCGAUCCUGCAGUACCUGAUCGAGGUGUACGACGGCGCGGCGCACCGGCUGUCCUACACGGGCCUCGCCGAGCGCCACCUCUGCAACCAGUGGCUGCACUUCCAGAUGAGCGGGCAGGGCCCCUACUUCGGGCAGGCCGGCUGGUUCCAGCACCUGCACGCGGAGAAGAUCCCGUCGGCGAUCGCGCGGUACACGGCCGAGAUCCGGCGCGUGCUGGGCGUGCUGGACGGCGUGCUGGCCAAGAAGGCCAAGGCGGAGGGCAAAGCCGAAGGCAGCGCGGUGUGGCUGGUGGGCGACAAGAUGACGUUUGUCGACCUGGCGUUCCUGCCGUGGAACUUCCGGCUCGCCGAGGUGCUGGUGCAGAGCUGGGACGAGGUCUGGGCCGGCCUGCCGCACGUCCGCGCCUGGCACGAGCGCAUGGUCGAGCUGCCCUCGUGGAAGCGCUCCAUGGAGCACCGCGCCCGCCUCAUGGACGAGCAGGGCCUGCAGUGGAACGGCGUGCCCAAGGGCAUCGAGACGUUCACCGAGUACGAGGAGAAGAUUGCCAGGGGUGAGGAUACCACUGCGUUGGGGAAGUGA